GGAAGUUGCGUGCCACAACCGGAAAUAGUGGAGAGGGGAGCUUGAGUGCGGCAAGUUGAGCGAGGCGCUGCAGCGAGGAAACAGUGCAAGGGCAAAUGACUGAGGAGGAACAGAAUAUUAAUGGGCCAGAGUCCAGUGCUGCACUGGAGGAGGACACCUAUGUAAAGAUUUCCGGGCUUGGUGCUCAUUCAUCGAACACUGUUAUAGCUGGUGCUGCAUGUUGUUCUGCCUCUGAAGAAGAAUCCUGUUCCACAGUACUUAAAGCUGGGUCAUCUAAACAAGAUACCGUGCAUCAUCUCCAGGAGGCAGUGUUGCUAAAGGCAGAAGGGAAUUCCCACUACAAAGUGGGUCAAUAUAGGGAUGCCAUUGGACGGUACCAUCGGGCAUUAUUGCUGCUAAGGAGUCUGGACCCAGACACAACAACAUCUGUUCAGAAUUUUGGAACACAAAAGAUUAGACUGAAUAAUGAUCAGCUUGUGCUUUUGAGGAACACACAGGUGGACUGCUACAAUAAUUUAGCAGCUUGUCUCCUGCAGAGGCAUCCAGUAAAUUAUGAACGGGUCAAAGAGUACAGCCUCCGUGUAUUACACAGGCAGCCUAGAAAUGUGAAAGCAUUGUAUCGUGCUGGAGUUGCCUUGCUUGAGCUAGGAGAUCCAGAGACAUCUCUGCAGUACCUUGGCCAGGCUAGUCAGCUGCAGCCUAAUGAUACAAAUGUGAAGAAAUAUAUUCAAGUGGCAGAAGGACAGCUGCAUAAAUACUAUGAAAAAGAGAAGGCUUUGUACAGAGGGAUGUUUGGAUAACAAAUAUGGUGCACCAAAGAGGUAUGAGCAGUAGAAGAUGCCUUAAUAAAAAGUGAGACCACUGCAGAAUUAAAGCAUGUCUUGCCGAAAGAAGGACCAAGAAAAAUGACAAAAACGGUUAUCUGACUGUUGUGUAUCUAGCCCUUUUCCCCCUGUCUUUGCUGUUUUAUUUUAUUGUUAUUUUGGUGAUUUUAAAUAUUAAUAGUAAAUGUAACCUUAAUGGGUCAGUCUGGGCAAACAUGACUAUCAAAAAAACUAGUUCUUGGAAGAAGCGGAUUUGGUUUGUGAGAUGUCUGAACAAAGAAUGCAAGCAGAAAAUGCCAACACAUCAUAUUUAUUCUUUACUAUGUUUUCAGUGUGAAUCUUGAAGUAAAAUUAUAUUUUGUACAUUAUUUUAUCUCCUGUGUUUUUUAUGCAAUUAAAGAAGUACAUUUUCUUAUCCAUAUCUAUUUGUUCAUCAUCCAGCGCCUGAAUACAUGCUGAACGGAACUUGAGAACCUUACUGUGGUAAAGUAAUUUUAAAAUUUGAGGGAAUUUAAAAAAAAAAAAAAAAGGUGCUAUAUUGUAAUUCUUCAUCUGGUUUAAGGUUAGACAGGAUCUAGUGUUCUAGCAGCUUUAAAGAUGACCCACAGAAGCAGCAUUGCAGUCCUGUCUAAUGCAUUCAAUUAAAUGUGUCCUACUGUGUCUUCCACAUCAUUUCUUUAUGGAGCAGCUGACAUUUUCAUGUGUUUUAUGCAAAAUACUACAUGCAUAUGGGGAAAUGGGUAAAACCAGCCCACUGAACUUUCUUUCAUGUCUGUUGCUAUAUUUUUUCCACGUUUUACAAAACCCAAUGAUAAGUUUAUUUUUUUAUGACAAACCAUAAUUAGUAAAUGCUGUUAGUGAGGAAUAUGAUGUAGAAAUAGCAAUAUGUAGCCAAUUAGUGUCUUAUACAGUAUUUUCUAUCUGCUGGCUAUUAACAUUGCAACACCAAGAAAGACAUGGACUAUCAAAGUGACAAUUUGAUGGGAGAUUACUUAUGAUGCAUGCUGUACACAUGUAGAAGUACAACUUGGUCUCACUUGCAGAAUGCACAAUAAUCAAUAUUUUUAUAUCCAGCAUGGGCAGAAAUAAUUGCUUAUACACAGUGUGGUAUGGACUGGAAGAGACAACUGGAUGUGUUUCUGUGGGAUAGCAUGCCAUGCAGCCUCUAUACAUUACAUUCCCAAAGUUUAUUAUGGUAUCUGCUUGUGAUUUUUGGCACAUCAGUUUUCCAACCAUUUUCCUGGUGUUCUCAAUAGAGGACAAAUUUGAUGAACAUUUGGGACAGAGAAUGAGUGCCACAUAAUGGUAAUCCAGGAAAUGUAGGACAUUUAGUCCCACAUGUAGUCAUACUGUAUAUUGCCCUGUUGGAAUAUAGAACCAGGAAACCUCUACAGAUAGCAUACCACGCACAGUAACACAUGGUGCUGGGCAUGUAUGGGGCUGCCAGAUGUCUGCCUCCAGGAGCCUUUUAUCAUGAUGCCUCCAUACACUGAUGAGAUGCUUGUGAUUGAGGGCCAAAGGUACCUGAAGAAAUUGGUGGCUAGCUAGUAGACCCUGGUAUCAAACUGUGUUGACCCAUUGACAUGUAACAGACCCCAACUGUUGGGCAAGGGUCUGUGAUGUGGCUGUUCGAUCCAUUACUGCCAUGCUCAUGAAAUGUUUGUCUUCCUGUUCAUUUGUGUGACAGAGCACUUCAGAUCCCUCACUUUGAUGGGUCUGAUUUUCCUCUACUCACUGACAACACACUGUUGUCAAAGUGCUUGCAUUCUGUCAAAUACGAAUCUUGAUGUUCCAGAAUGAUAAUCUGCCUUCUGGCAUAUCCACGAUUCUCUCUCAAAAUCCAAGAGCUGGAUGUAUGUCACUACACAAGUACAUUAACUACCAUCUGUCACUCAAUGAAGUUCCCUUUGCAGAUGCCUUUUAUACUCAAUGUAAGAAAGUCCAUGAGUGGACACAUCACUAUCAUUUUGAUGCUUUACCAUGGCUAAGUGAUUCUGCAAGGUUCAGACCAAUAUGGUGCAUUUUUCCCAGUGCUGCAAUUUUAAUUGCCAGCAGGGCCAUCUAAUGGGAAAUGUUGGGUGUCACUUGACAGAGUGAUCACACUGCUUUCUGAAAUAUGCAAAUGUUACUGUAUUUGUACACCUCAGAUUUGAUCCAAAGAAGAAGGUUUAAAAGCCAUCGAAGCCUGUGGUGCAGUGUUUCUGGAGACAGGAUUAAUGUUUGGGGCAAAGACUCACUAGUAGGGAAUUAAGAGACCAGGGUCCUUGGAGAAAGAGACUAAAUGAGAGCCUUUGAAGAUAUGAAAUGGGCCAACUAGAGUUUUAGUUUAUGUAUAAUUGGUUUUGAUACUUUGAGUUGUUUUUUGUCUACCCCCUCCACUUUGUGCUGUAUUGGUAUAUAUGUUAUUGAGUCUAUAAUAUAAUUAUCAUUGUGGUGACAUGCUAACAGUGUUCCCUACUUUUAUAUCAUGUACUGGGUGUAUUCAUCUGCUCUUAUCAUUAAAACUUCACAAUAUU